AUGCCUCCCCAGAACCUCAUGCCUGUCCUGUGUGUGGCUCUUUCUGUACCAGGCAAAGAGGUUUGCUAUGAACGUCUUGGCUGCUUUUCCAAUGAGAAGCCAUGGGCAGGGAUGGUUCAGCGGCCCUUGAAGAUAUUACCUUGGUCCCCAGAGGACAUUGAUACCCGCUUUCUUCUGUUCACAAAUGAAAAUCCGGACAACUACCAAGUGAUCUCUGCCACUGACCCAGCCACCAUCGAGGCUUCCAACUUCCAACUGGACCGCAAGACACGAUUCAUCAUCCACGGCUUCAUAGACAAGGGAGAGGACAGCUGGCUGCUGGACAUGUGCAAGAGGAUGUUUCAAGUGGAGAAAGUGAACUGUGUUUGUGUGGAUUGGAGGCGUGGCGCCAAGGCGGAAUACACCCAAGCUGCCUACAACACUCGGGUCGUGGGUGCUGAGAUUGCUUAUUUAGUACAAGUGCUGUCGACGGAGCUGGAAUACAGCCCAGAGAACGUGCACCUCAUCGGCCACAGUCUGGGAGCACACGUGGCCGGGGAAGCAGGCCGGAGGCUGGAGGGCCACUUGGGCAGGAUCACAGGACUGGACCCCGCCGAGCCCUGUUUCCAAGGCCUGCCUGAGGAAGUUCGGCUGGACCCCUCGGACGCCAUGUUUGUAGACGCAAUUCACACAGAUAGUGCCUCCAUAGUUCCCUACCUAGGUUUUGGGAUGAGCCAAAAGGUCGGCCAUCUGGAUUUCUUCCCAAACGGAGGAAAGGAAAUGCCCGGAUGUCAGAAAAACAUCCUUUCCACCAUCGUGGACAUAAACGGAAUAUGGGAAGGGACUCAAAACUUUGCAGCUUGCAACCAUCUCCGGAGCUACAAGUACUAUGCCAGCAGCAUCCUCAACCCCGACGGUUUCCUGGGGUACCCCUGCACCUCCUAUGAGGAGUUCCAACAGAAUGGCUGCUUCCCUUGUCCAGAAGAAGGGUGCCCCAAGAUGGGACACUAUGCUGAACAGUUUGAGGGGAAAACCAUCGCCGUAGAACAAACCUUUUUCCUGAACACAGGAGAUAGUGGUAACUUUACUCGUUGGAGGUACAAGGUGUCAGUCACACUGUCUGGAGCAAAGAAACUGAAUGGGCACAUCUUGGUCGCUUUGUAUGGAAGUAACGGAAACUCUAGACAGUACGAAAUUUUCAAAGGGUCCCUCAAACCAGAAGCAGUGCAUGUUCGAGACAUCGACGUGGACAUGGAAGUCGGAGAAAUCCAGAAGGUUAAGUUCCUGUGGAACAACAGAGUGAUAAACCUCUUCAGGCCGGAGAUGGGAGCGUCCCAGAUCACAGUGCAAAGUGGCAAAGACGGGAAAGAGUACAACUUCUGUAGCAACAACACUGUGCAUGAAGAUGUCUUACAGUCUCUUUACCCUUGUUAAAGGUGUGCUUGGGCUCCUGCCUCUUUCCAUAAUAAAUGUUUUUA